GAUAAUGAAGACAGAUAACAUAUUUCCGUCUAUUACCCGUGAACACAGCCUUAGCUGGAACACGCUGGAGGGUCAUAUUGUUGCCGGUUCCUUGUUCUGUGGGAUAUCUAAAACUUUCUUCGAACACGACGUUCGACGGAUUUAUUUUUAAAAUGCUCCCAUCCCUCUCAUCUUUUUGAGAUGGCUGCAAUUUUUGUAGCAGUGGGCGCUUGCACUACGGCAGUGUGUGACGAUCACCGUGUUUCUAGCCCCAAGAGAGUGAAAACUUCAUGAAUCGACAGCAUGGCUUGUUCCACUCGCAGGAUCUUCUGCAUGGUGACUGUUCUGCUCUGUGGCACUAGCGGGCCACUGUACUUCUACAUCUUUUUACAAUAUGAAACGUAUGCUUACCUAGAGGCCAUCAGGCAGUAUGGUUACAUUGACACUGUGUCAGAGUCAGACUUGAAGAUGUGUGGUGCCACUUUGAAAAGAGAGGUAACCGUGCCUGUGAAAAAUGCCAAAGCCUUCCUGGUGUCUGCUUAUUUGGAUGAGCGUUUCUCCGGGGCAGUGCGCGUUAUCGGCAUCGUGUAUCGCUACGACCGGCCCCGGUUCUACUGCCAUGUCUGUAGAGACUCUUCUGUCCUCACCUGGACUGCUCAGCUCCUUAUUCACUCGGACCACUUUGGCUUCCCCUAUGGCACAGCUGACUUCCUGUGCCAGGUGCCAGAUGGGGUGGGGCCUGUCUAUGCGGUCUCCAUUUCCACCCAGCGAGAGCCAGACCCCACCAGCCCGUUCCUCCGAAUCCGCAAUGCCCAACAGAGCGACAUGGCUAACCCGCCCCUCCGCCACUUUUCGGUGUGCCUCUCCACCCUUUUCGGGAACUACAGCAACGUCCUGCAGUUUGUGCAGUCCAUGGAGAUGUACCGGAUCCUCGGUGCUGAGAAGGUAUUCAUCUACAAGACCGACUGCAGCCCGUUGCUGCAGAGGGUGCUGGAUUUCUACUCUGCAGAGGGCUUCCUGGAGGUCAUCCCGUGGGACAUCCAUCGCUACCUCAAGGUCUCCAGCAGCUGGACCCCCUCCAAAGGAGCCGGGGACCUGCACUAUCACGGGCAGAUCGCCGCCCUCAACGACUGCAUCUACCGCAACAUGUACGACAGCACCUACGUUGUCCUCUUGGACGCAGACGAGGUUAUCGUGCCGAAGCUGCACAGCAGCUGGAGGGACAUGAUGGCCUUCCUGUCGCAGAGGCACCUGGGCGUGGAGAGCUUCGCUUUCGACGACUACGUCUUCCGGCAAGAGGUGUUCGGGGACGGUGGGACGUUCGACAAGUGGCCCGACGUGCCCGGGGUCAACAUCCUGCGGCACGUGCACCGCGAGCCGCUCACCCGCUUUGGCUUCAACGCCCGCAAGAUGGUGGUGAACCCGCGGGCGGUGGUGUGGACCUCGGUGCACUCCACGCUCUGGCAGCGCGGCGCCACGUUCAAGGUGCCCAGCGUCGUGGGCCGGCUGCACCACUGCAGGGCCGCUGACAACAGGCAGCUGGGGCGCCGGGACCUGCUGCGGGACACCACCCUGUGGAAGUACAGCUCCCCCCUCAUCGGCAACGUCAGCCGAGUCCUGCACCUCGCCCUCAACAGGGGAAGGAGGCGGAGACAGAGAAAGGGGCGUCUUUUGUAGAUCUGAAUUUCUUUGUCGAUUGUGUAUUUUUAAAUUUUCAUUCAUUUGUUGCAGCAUUUGCACAAGCGGCACAGAGCGGGGGUUUCAUGUGGAAAAAAGUACGGUGCAGUUAUGUCAGUACUGGAUAUAGUGAGCCAUACUGGGAUGGGUAGCUGUGGUCACGCAAUAGGUUGGUUUGAUGGUACUAGUGUAGUAGCACAAGUACAAAGUACACUACUGGAGUCAGUGAUCAUGGACUAACAGUGAAGCUGCUUGAGCUAUGUGAUUCUGGUGGCUUUUGUUUUGGGAACAAUGCAAGGGGCAUGUCAAUGAUUGAUGUUGAUGCCCACAAGAAUUGUGUUGAUGGACGAUGAUGUUACUCUCACAUUGG